UCCUUAUCCAAACGCGGGAUUUCCCUUGGGCAUAAAAUACAAUAGUUAUCCUUUAACUAAGAUCUAAUAUUGAAUAGUUGUUAGGCAAGUAUUUUUGCUUCAAUCGUGUCCAAUAAUGUCGGCAAGAGCAUGUACUCCGUUUGGAGAAAAGCAGGAACCUUUUAAAUUUGAUAAAUGGAAGUUCAUAUCAAAGAAACGGCACAUUCUGACGUCAAAUGAAGUAGACAAUUUGUCAGAGAAAUUGGCGUUACCCCAACUGCCAGAAAUGACAUUUGGCGCAAAUAAAUUUGAAAUGCAGCAUGACACGGGAUUCUCCAUUCAUUUUAAUGCAGUUGAUGCACUUGCGCUUGUAGAUAAUAAGAAAGACUUAAUGAAAGUGGCCAUGGCUAAAGAAUGGGCAGAAAGCAGAAAAGGCAAUGAAUAUAUUUCACAAACCGUCAAACCAUUUGAUUGGACGUACACAACAAACUACAAAGGGACAUUGACUGAUCCAAACCACAUAGUUACAGUUAGUGAAACAAGUGAAAAGAUUGAUCUUGAGAGAUUAAAAAAGAGAGAAAAGAUUUUAUAUUUUGAAGAAAUGAUGUUGUUUGAAGAUGAAUUGGCUGAUAAUGGAUCUGCACAACUUACUGUGAAAAUAAGAGUUAUGACGUCUUGCUUUUUCCUUCUGAUGCGUUUCUUUCUUCGCGUUGAUGGUGUUUUAUCAAGAAUUUAUGACACUAGGUGGUAUCAUGAGUUUGGGAAAUCUUAUCUUAUCCGAGAAUAUUCAGAAAAAGAAAAAAGUUUUUUCCAAAUGAGAGGUAUUUCCCCUGCUACUUUGACAGACCCUAACCUAUUGGACGGUCACCUUACUACGCAAAAGAGAGUGGUCGAAAAAAUUGACUUUUCUGGUACUUCUGGCACCACAGAAGAUACAAAAUCAUCCAAAAACGAGACUGUGUCUAAAACUGAUGUUUCUGAUUCUAAUUGCCCAUCGAAAACUGUCAUUUCUGAACCGAAAUAACAAGCAGCAGAAGAAAAUGACAUUUUUCAAAAAAACGCGAAAAUAAAACUGUUUUGUACGCAAAUCGAAGAAAAUAUCAAAAAAAACUCUGUGUUUUUGUUAGUGUGCUGCUGUAUUGGUUAGAAAACGCUGGACCUGAAUGCAGACGUUUUAUAGCAACAGUCAUUUCAGUGGGCGAAUCAGUCUGUUUUCUCCAAGGAUAUUGGCCCCACAUAAGUCACAUAUGACUGUUAAACAACUAACACAACCAUGCAGAAAACAAGGCGCAUUCUACCUAACUGUGAGUCAUGUUUUCCAAUUCAAAACUAGAUGUGUGGUCACUUGCACAUUAUCACUUUAAAAAGCUUGCUGCACGUUUUAAAUUUUCUUGACAAAUCCUAUAGUAUAGCGCCUUUACGCUUUAUGAACGUGUUAUUACGUUGCUAUAGCAUAAACUUCCUUUAUUA